UGAUUUCUCCACAUUGUUAUUUUGUGAGGCUGGGUUUACUGCGUGUGUGUGUGGUGUGUGUGUGUGCGCGUUUUACUGUUUUGCAUGUAUCUGUUUGUAUGACUGCGUACAUGUGAACGUCUAAUUUUUCUGCCAUGUCGACAUCCGGAACACUGACUAGUUACUACGUCGAUUCCCUCAUUCUGCCCGAGAGCGAGGAGCUCUCUGUGCCGAGAUAUCCCCCCGGCCCAGGGCUCCAACACGGCAGACAGUCCGCCUCCAUCAGCGACCACAGCGAGCUUGGUACCUGCACCUUCCCGUCUAAACCUCCGGUGUUCGGGCCGUCAUGGAGCCACGUUCCUGCUCAGUUCCCUGGCACAGUUUCCUCUGUGUAUCACCACUAUGGGCAUCCUCAGGGCCCGAUCGGUGCAGAUACAGAUGGCCGCUAUCAGUCGUGGUUGCUGGAGCCCAUGUCCGGUUCCCUGCCCAUGGCCGGAUUACCGACGACCCAUCACUACGGAAUCAAACCGGAGGGUCUGGGGACGCGAGCUGACGGCGCGCUGCCCGGCUCACACACGGCGCUGCUGCUCUCUGAUUACGCCAACGGGACGGUGGCGACGGCAUCACCGGUGGAAAAGGACGCACUCUCGGGCCAAGCAGGGGACAUGAGCGGGGAAGCUGAAGAGAAACCGGGCCUUGAUCCAAAUAACCCAGUGUCCAACUGGCUCCACGCGAGUGCCACGAGAAAAAAGCGCUGUCCGUACACCAAGCACCAGAUCCUGGAGCUGGAGAAAGAGUUCCUCUUUAACACCUACCUGACCAGGGACCGUAGGUACGAGGUGGCGAGGCUGUUAAACCUCACCGAGAGACAGGUUAAAAUCUGGUUCCAGAACCGCAGGAUGAAGAUGAAGAAGUUUAAUAAAGACGGCGCACCGAAAGACGAGUGACUGAACCGAAAAACAGUAUUUAGGCUGUUAGCGAGCUUUGUGUGUGGAAGCUCUUUGCUGGACCUUGUUUUUAAACUUCCUUGUCUUAUUGUUCUAUAUAACAGAAGCUAUUAAGCUUAUGUGUCUUGUAAAAAAAGCAUGUUGGGCUUCAGUUUGAUGCGACUACCUUUAUAUUGCACAAUUUUAACAGUGCCCACUCGUUCUUUUAUUUGUUCUUAUGUUGAUUUUAAAUAAUACCUCGUUAAAGUGUAUUAGUUGGCCUGGUCCAUGUGCUUGUUUGUGUAUGGAUGUUUCUAGCUGUGUGUGUUCUGGUUUGUAGCUAUAUUUGUUGUCUAUCUCACAGUCACCUGAGCGUAUAGUUUGUAAAAACGUAUUAAUUUUAUUGCUGUUUCUCCCUUACUGCUAGAACUAUGACUGAUGACCAUGAGUUUGAAUCUAACAUCGGAACCGUAGAAAAACAGACUGAACGCAUUUCGAAGUAUAGGUGCAGAAACCUCAGACACCUCUUGAAAAUACUAAAUUAAAAGAUGUUAUAUUAUAUGUUAUAUAUUACGUGACACGGUUGACUACCUAUGUCUUUCAACUACCUACAAUAACCUAUUUUUUUCGAUGGCGGAUUAUAGUUGCUUUGCUUGCAUUAGAUGCUGAACUAUGAAUUUCAGGGAGUAACAUUUUGAAAGAUAAUAAUGUUAGUGAGAGAAAAUAAAUAAAACACUGUAGGCUACUUAUUGAAUACCUCACGGUCUGUUGACCGUCUGACCUUUGGUUCACAAAUGUAAUUUGUACUUUAUUUAUUAAAUAAAACAAAUUAUAUCUGCGAAUGCAUGCACGUUAGAUUCUUAUUUAAUGUUGGCCUCGCAUCGAAAUACAUGAUUUUAUAAUAGCUUUUUUUGUUUUUUGUUUAUUGGUGCUUCAUGGCACUGCCAGAAAAUAUGGUUACUGUUGUCAACUUGAUAUCCACACAAACAACAUCACACAAGGUACAUAUACAAACAUUUUGGAUACUUGAUUAAAAUAUUCUUUACACACACACACACACACACACACACACACACACACACACACACACACACACACAUUCUCUCUAAUUAAAACGCACACACCUAUAGGUGAAAGUCUGUGUGUGUGUGUGUGUGUGUGUGUGUGUGUGUGCGGAUUGGGGACAGAGCUGUGUCUUGGCAGAGGAUGUUGUUAGCUGUAUACAUGCCAUAAAAGACAAUUACCGCUAUAACCUUUUAUGGGGUGCAAAGCGCUGCGAGGCGAGAGGAUACAAAACAAAAAAAAGACAUCGGGGCUUCGACAGCUGAAGCUCAAAAUAAUGCAGCCGAUGUAUUCAGCUCAGAUAUGACACGGCCGCUCAGCCUAAAGCCCCAUUAGAGCUAUCUUGACAGUACCAAUUUACAUGAAUAUUUAUUUGAUAAUGUAUAAUAAUGUGAACUCUAACAGAAUUUAAAACGCAAAGUGACCUCAGUCAAAACGGUCUAGGUCUUGUGUUAAAAUAUGGCCCCUGCGUUUGUAAGGCCGGUUCAAGUCUCUGCACGUUGGCGAAAAUAUUUGACACAAAGACAUAGAAAAUACGCAGAAGAAGCUAAUCCACUGUGAUCUUUAGAUGCAGAGCUGCUAUAUCUGAUGGUCGACCAGGGUCUAGGCGCGCCUCUGUCACAUAACCAGCUCCUUUAGUUCUCAUUAAGGGCCGUGCAGAAACUGAUUUUUUAGUUAGCAGGCAAGUCGGACUGGAGUGCUGUUGUGACGCGUUAGGGGACGCAGAUGGACCCAAACUUCAAAGACUCGACCAGAGACAGUGCAAUAAAACGCCUGGUCUGCUAUACUGUCUGGCAUUCCAGUUUUAAUGGCUUUAUGGCCGUCCAGACACAAUUAGGCCGUUUCCAGAAUGGCACCCAUUUGUUUUUCCUUCCCUUUCUGUGGGACUGCGCUCUGGACAAAAGGCCUAGCGGAAAUGAUCAGCUUUAUUGGAUUCUCCCCGACGGAGACGCGCAGGACUCACGGUCAUUUGGAGUGAUCCUUUGUUUCUACCUGGGAACCUUCCGCCCUCUGCUCCUUUACUGGGCCCGUCCUAAAGGAGAAGGAGCAAUAAACCCAGCAGCUAGUUUCAGACACAGUAGUAGGCCUUUAGCUAGAUGAUUCUUUUUCAAAAUCCAUCUGGUCUGCAAAAAGACACCAGCGCUUUGAUUAAAAUUACAACCGAGGAGACAUAACGUUACCUUUUAAGCGUCAUUUCUCUUACGUUUGUAUUUAUUCCCGGAUUGCAGCAGAAAGAGAACACGCCUGCGCACUGCUGCCUCCACACACUGCAAACCUUGCAUGUCACCAGAGGAUGGCGACACUGUUCCACAACAUCACCCUAACACUUCUCCCUAAUGAACCUGCAAUGGGGAACUGAAGUAAUGUCCAGCAAAAAAUAUUUCACACCUUUUUUACAGUCUCAGUGCAAAAGCUGCUUCUACAGCCUGCGGCUCUGCGGGGAAGAAUGAAACAGCCAGCAAGGCAGCCAGCAAGGCUGUUUCAUUCUUCCCCGUGACUGCUAUAGAUUACUGCUUUUGGCCACAUGUAGCCUUCUGUUCAGGGUUUUUUUCUUCUCAGAUGUUUCUAUUUAAUCAUUUUAAAUGUAUUUAAACUUGUUAAAUUGUAUUGUUAUUAAGGCUAACAUGACAUCUUAACAGUUUUCCUUUUUGCAUUUAUGAACCUAGAUUAUAGCCUAGAUUUAAAUGUCCAAUCUAAGAUGUUUUAAUUGAAGUUACAAUACACAAAACACAAUCGGCUGGCUGUGUAGCGCAAUUAUAAACAACAGUUUUCCAUUUUCAAUAUUGGUUAUAGUAAUAAUUGUUUUGUUUUCCUUCUUCCUCCUAUUUUCAGUUUAAUUUGCUUUCUUUUAUCUUUGUGUGUCUAUGCUCAAUGCUAAAGUAUUGCUAUGGUCCAUUUAGGUAACAUUGUAAUAUCAGUAAGAAAUGUAGGAUUAUUAUUAUUAUUAUUAUUAUUAGUAGUAGUAGUAGUAGUACUAGUAGUAGUAGUGGUAUUAUACUUUUGCAAAUUAAAAAGGUUUCAUUUAUUUCCCUGCCAAAUUAUCACCACAAAAAUCACAUAGUAAGUGCAUAGUAUUCAAAACUAUCAUGUUCAAACAUACAUGGAAAUAAACAGUUUGUUUCUGUA